ACUUCCGGUGGUCGUGUGUGGGGCUGUGCGGGCGGCAGUGGUAGCGGCAGUCCCGGGCUUGUCUUUCGCCGGUGGCCGGUCAUCAUGGUUCUCCAGCAGAUCUUCAGGCUUUCUUCCCUCUUCCGUCUUGCCAAUGCCUUGCACUUGCGAAGGAACAUUGGGCUUUCUGCCAUUGCAUUUAACAAGGCAAAGGAGCUGGAUCCGGUCCAGAAGCUCUUUGUGGACAAGAUUAGAGAAUACAGUUCAAAGAGCCAGAAAGCAGGGGGUCCGGUUGAUGUGAGCCCUGAAUACCAGAAAGAUAUGAAUGAAGAAAUAAUGAAACUUCAGCGGUUGUAUGGUGGGGGAGACCUAACCAAAUUUCCAGAUUUUAAAUUUGAGGAACCCAACUUGGAAGCAGCUCAGAAGUGAUCUUGGAACCCUGGGUUUUCCAAGCAGCAGUGUUUUCUCAUGGAACUGUUGUUGGAUAGGCUGGCAGUUGUAACAUAAUAAAUGUUGUGGUUCACUUUCACAUGCUUGUACUUUAAGAACUGUGGUAUAGAUUCUAAACUCAACAUAACAUGUUUCUAAUCUUGCAAAUAGCCAUAUUCAGUAAAACUCUCCCUUAGAAAUCAAAAAUGCUAAAAUGUGCUUGGAAGUCUCAUCUCUUGUUUAAGAUUACAUUAAUUCUUAAACGUACAAAGAGGGAUACAAAAAAUAGCUUUGUCUUUUAAAGCUGUCAGUAUAUGCCUUUACGUAUGGAUCAACUACCUGUGAUAAACGUCAGAGAAGUACAAUAAAACAUGUAAGUAAAGCACUCCUA